GGGUCUACUGUCAUUUUUCACUGCAGUAAUCUGAGUGACACCAAGCAGGUGAGUGGCACCGCUUCAGCCUUCGUUGUCUUUGAGUGCAAUUUUAUCGUGUAAUACAGAACGAGGUUGCGAUGAUGAUCUGUCACUGACACUCUUGUGGUGCCAUGCUGCUGUGUAUCCUGGAGGUGUUUGUGUGGACGACUUUUCAUCAGUCUGCUUGCAUCCCGUGCCGUUCACCUCCAUCUCUAAUUUCUCUACCCUGUCUGGAAAAAGGUCUUUACUUAUAGCUGGAAUAUGCCCAAUGUAGCGCUGAGGAUGCACAGGUGGAAUUCUCUCCUUUGGAAAUGGCCGGUCCAAUUUUCCUCCCUGUACCUGGGCUUACUGUAUUUCCUCUGCUCUUCCUCUGGGGUUUCAGCCAGCAUUUGCACAGUAACAGGCGGCGUGUUUGGCAUCCACUACAGCAGCGUUAUCGGGCUGGGUUGGCAGGCGCUAGCGGUGGACAAUGGGGGACCUCGGUGCUGGGAAUCCUGCUGCAUGAAGCCCUCAUGCGGUGCUGUGUGGAGCCUCGGUGGACGCUGCGUGUUACUGGCCUGUGUUAAAACGGAUGGCUGCUCUAUCACGUCGCUCCCUCAGCCGGAUGAAGAAUCUGUGGGGCUUUUACAGCAGCUGAACAAGAGGAUGCGAAGGAGGAGGAAAGUUCGGCACGUUCAGAAUGUCAGAGUGAUCAGGGACACAGACAAUGACCAACUACCCGAACCUACAGCAGCACUGACCACAACUCCUCUACAUACAGCCAGUGAAACUAUCGGCCAAUCCACCAAAGGCAGGGACGAACAGGCAUCCCCCUUGGCUUCUGAGCAUAAUUCAACAACAGUCAUUGUCGAUCAUUCAACAAUGUCCAACAACAGCAGUCCGUCACCACAACCCUCACCAACAACACCAGCUGUGCGGGAACUGGUCGUGUCUGCCGGCAAGAGUGUGGAGGUCACUUUACCGCGCAAUGAGGUGGAGCUGAAUGCUUUCGUACUCCCAGAGCCCCCUUCAGAGACUAGCUAUGUGUUUGACUGGCGUUUGAGGACUCAUCCGAAAGACUACAGUGGAGAAAUGGAGGGUAAACACAGUAAAACGCUCAAGCUCAGUAAGCUCACAGUGGGUCUGUAUGAGUUUGAGGUAGUGGUGGAAGGUGAGGGCGCUCAUGGUGAAGGAUAUGUCAAUGUUACUGUCAAACCAGAGCCACGAGUGAAUAAACCACCUGUUGCUGUGGUUUCUCCGAAGUACCAGGAGAUUUCAUUGCCAACGAGCACCACUGUGAUUGAUGGCAGUCAGAGUACAGAUGAUGAUAAAGUGGUGUCGUGGAAAUGGGAGGAGGUUAAGGGGCCUCUAAGAGAGGAAAAGGCCUCGGGUGAUAAAGAUAUUCUCACCCUCACAGGCCUGGUUCCUGGUAACUACACCUUCAGUCUCACUGUGACUGACUCGGAUGGAGCUCAAAAUUCAACCCAAGCCAUGUUGUUAGUCAACAAGGCCACAGACUACAGGCCCACAGCUAAUGCUGGACCCAACCAGGUCAUCACGCUGCCACGCAACUACAUUACGCUGUAUGGCAACCAGAGCACUGAUGACCACGAGAAUCUGUCGUACGAGUGGUCGCUCAGCCCUGAGAGUAAAGGCAAAGUGGUGGAGAUGCAGGGUGUGAGGACGCCCAUCCUGCAACUUUCUGCUAUGCAAGAAGGUGACUACACCUUUAAGCUAACUGUCACCGACUCGUCCGGGCAGCAAGACUCGGCUCAGGUCACUGUGAUUGUCCAGCCAGAGAAUAACAAGCCUCCCGUAGCAGACGCUGGACCAGACAAGGAACUGACACUGCCGGUCGAUCGCACCAUGCUCGAUGGAAGCAAAAGCACAGACGAUCAAAAAAUUGCGACGUAUCACUGGACUAAAACAAAGGGCCCGGAAGGGGUGAAAAUUGAAAAUGCAGACACUGCGAUUGCCACAGUGACCGGCUUGCAAGAGGGCGAGUACAUUUUCAUGCUGACAGUGUCGGAUGAAAGGGAUCUGGAAAAUUCUGAUACAGUUUCAGUCAUUGUCAGAGAAGAGGAUGACCAGCCGCCUGUCGCCAAAGUGAUUUCCAGUCCUCCGAUUUCUCUGCCUGUCCGCAUGGCAGUUCUUGAUGGUUCACGGUCAUCGGAUGAUAAAAGUGGAAUCAGUUACGUCUGGUCCCGUGAUGAAAGCAGUCCAGCUGCAGGGGAUGUUCUCAAUAACUCGGACCACCAGCCGGUGCUGUUUCUUGGUAAUCUGGUGGCAGGAAAGUACACUUUUACAUUGAUAGUUACCGACAGUAAGGGGAAGACCAGUACUGACAGAGGCACCGUAGAGGUUCGACCAGAUGUGUACGAGCGAGACUUGGUGGAAUUGAUCCUGGAAGUUGGUGUGGCUCAGGUGUCUAGCAGACAGAAGGACAUGUUGAUCAGACAGGUUGGCGUCCUGUUGGGUGUCCUGGACAGUGACAUCACCGUGCGAGAGAUUAGCGCCUUCAAUGAGCAUAGCACUCGCUUGGUAUUUCUGGUAUCAGGAGGACCCGGGCGACCUCCGUUGUCCGGCCACAGUGUCGCCCUGGAACUGCGCAACAAACUUCGAAAGCAAAAAAAUGACUUCUUAAUCUUUAAGGCCCGGCGGGUGGACACAGUUGUAUGCCAGCUAAACUGCUCCGGUCACGGGGAAUGCGACUUUUUCACCAGACGUUGUGUUUGCCACCCGUUCUGGAUGGAGAAUUUAAUCAGAAUUCAUUUCGGCGACGCCGAGACCAACUGUGAAUGGAGUGUAUUGUAUGUUACAAUAGCAUCAUUCAUGAUCGUGAUUGCUAUAGCAGCAUUAAUCUGGGGUGUGGUGUGCUGCUGUAGAAGACGAAAAGGAAAAGUGAGACGAAAGAGCCGCUAUAAAAUGCUGGGGGAAGAUGAACAAGAGACUCUGGAGUUACAGUUACCUAGAGCUGGUCGGAAAAAGACGCUCUCAGUUCCAACAUCAUCUGCGCUCAUGCACUCAGAUUCUGAUCUGGAAAGUGAUGACGGCCAGGCAGGUGUCCCCUGGUCUGACCGAGAGCGAGGAAAACUCCUGCCACCCCAAAACGGAUCUAUCCGUAACGGCCAAGUUCCUCAUAAACUUAAAACUCAAAGACAGGAGCUGCUUUAGCAUAGGAGCCAAACCCCUUAUUAUCACACCAACUGCACUGUUCACCUCUUAACCACUUCCACCUUUAGUUUUAUUUUUAAUGAAGGACUUUCAGGAUGACCUCUGAAACUGCACCUCCGGGUUGAAUCCCAGCCCACUCUGAGCCAAAAUAAAAAUAGGUCGAUGAAAUAAAAAAGAAGAGGGAAUUUUUUCCUUGGAUGUGUUGAGCCAUGCACCACAAAAAAAGACAAUGAGAAUGUAUCUGCUUAACUACGGAGAAAGACGUUAUUUGUACAGGUCACAAGUUGGAAAGCAUCAAGCAUUGCAGUGUUCUCACCGGAAUGUCACAUCACACUGAGGAUGACUGAACACUGCCGGGCACGUGUAUUAAUUAGUAUGUGUGAUGCAGAGAGCGAUACGUGAGCAUGGUACCCACUGUGCCACAUUGUAUGACUGCAUGAAGAUUUUGGUUUCUUUUUUAUAGUUGGCAUGCUUUGAAUUGUGCAUAUGCUACUUUUCUCUGCAAUCCAGUGGCCAUAUGUAUGUUAGAAGUGGAUUUUCGCCACUUUAAACACCAGCAGAAGAUCUGAGCUGUGAAGUCUGCAUCAUAAUAGCCAUGUUUGUCAAGGUGAGAGUAAAUGCUGCUGGGUCUUUGUCAAGCACUGGAAAUCACAUUUGAUGUUACACUGGAACAGAUCACAUUGUUGAUGGUGGUUUUGAUAAUGGAUAUGACAGAAGGGGGUCUUGGUUUACUCCUCAUCUCAACAUCCCAACCUUUGAUGAUCUCUACCAUCGUGUCAGUUUUAAAUCAGUUUGUUUUAGUCAGUAAAUCUUAAGAACAUGCAUUGGAACUUUUGGUUUGCUUUUAAAAUAUUUUCUGUUCAGCUUUUUGAGAUACAGAACUUCCAACGUUAUGCUGAAGAACUGAACGUUAAUAGGAUGAGAUGUGCGUGACCCCUCUCAUGUCUGAGUCUUGCACAUUCUUGUGAAUGCAUGAGUAUUUAGAUACCUCCACAGACUGGCAAAAUGAAGUGGUAUUGAUUUUUCUUUUUUUAUUCAUGUUUUUUGUUUUAGUGAAGGAUUAUCUGUUUCAUGUGAAUUGUUCUCAUAAAACUGGAGUAAAUAAAAUAUAUUUACUGCUAUCUUUUUUAUUAAUGUUUACACCUAAAUGCUUUUGGAUUUCACCAGAAUGUACACAGUCGUGUAAACUUUACCUUAUAGGGAAGUAAAGGGUUUUGUAAUGCAAGAACCAAACCGCAAGUUUAGUCUUAAAAUGUCUGUUUAAAAAGACUGUUUACACUCCAUUAUAUUUAUCACUUUCUCUGUCAGGUUAGAUCUGUCAAGGAUUAAAACAACUUGUAUCCCUA